AUGGCAUUUCCAAAAAUAAUAUUUUAUAGUAUCGCACUCGUGUUUAUAUUUAUAAUUCAAAUUGAAUCUAAACCUCUGGAAGGGAAUAGUAACGUGGCAUUACACAAUACCGAAUCUCAAAUCGACGGUGAAAUUAUGGAUACAGCGGAAUCGCAAAAUCCCUUUCUGCCGCGGUUUGCUAUGAGAAUAUUGAAAGAACGGAGAGAACAAGCACGGGCACAAAGACGACAAAAUCAGGCUCCAAGGCGGUCUAAUGUAAGCUCUCGAGUAGGUCGACCUUGUCCGCAACAACGUUUUUAUAAAAAAUGA